UAUUGGAGCUUUCUGGUGAUCUUUGCAGUGGUCAGGGGUCAAGACGUCACCGUACAGCUGAAGCUGUUACAGAGCCGGGGUAACCAAUGGGAGGGAACCUUCGGCUACACCCCUAAAGAUGAAAUGUACGGUUGGGCCCUGAAAAUGCAUUUUAACGUUCCUGUUUCAAAUAUCAACCAAUACGACGGAGAUUGGCUGCUUAAGGAUCCAAAAGGCCACGACUUCCUGCUGGUAAACAAACAAGCUAAGGGCAUUCAUCCGGCCAAUAAGCCGUUCUCAAUCAAGAUGAGUGGCAACUUUGAAGGCAGUGAGCCUCCCACAGCGAUUGGAAUCUUCAUGGAUGUGUCACACAACCAUCAGACCCUCCCACCGCUCCACGUCUCCAGCACAGGACAACAUACGAAGUACAACUACGAUGAAGUUCUUAUGAAAUCCAUACUAUUCUAUGCUGCACAGCGAUCCGGCAAACUUCCGGCUGAUAACCCCAUCCCUUGGCGGUAUGACUCCGCCCUAAAUGACGGAAAAGAUGUAGGACAUGACUUGACAGGGGGCUGGUAUGAUGCUGGAGAUCACGUGAAAUUCGGCUUUCCAAUGGCGAACACUGUUACAAUCUUAACUUGGGGUCUCAUCCAAUGGAAAGACGCGUAUGUAGCAGGCGGUAAUCUGGAUCGCAUGUACGACUGUAUCAAGUGGCCCCUGGAUUAUUUCCUGAAGGCACAUACUGCACCAAAUGAGCUCUAUGUCCAGGUUGGUGCUGGUGGUCCUGAUCAUGGAUAUUGGGGUCGCCCUGAGACGAUGACGAUGAAACGGCCAUCUUUUAAAAUAGACGCCAGUAGGCCCGGAAGUGACGUAGCUGGAGAGACCGCGGCCGCCAUGGCUGCCGGCUCAAUUGCAUUCAGAGAAAGAGAUCCUGCUUAUGCCGCUAAACUGCUGAAGCACGCCAAACAGUUGUACGACUUCGCAGUGAACCACCACGGAAUCUAUUCCCAGUCCGUAUCAGACGCUGCUGGAUAUUACAGGUCAAUGGCGAUUGAAGACGAGCUGGCGUGGGCAGGAUGCUGGCUUUAUUACGCUACCAACGUGUCCAAGUACCUAGAUGACGCGGAGAAACAACACGAGGCGAUUGCAGGGCCAGCCUGGGGGCAAUCGUGGGACGAGAAAAAUGCCGGUGCCAAUUUAUUGAUGUACAAGUUCACAAACAAGGACGUUUACAAAAAAGACAUCGUGGAUACAUUCACAGACUGGAUGCCCGGAGGGUCCGUGCCUUACAGCCCCAAAGGUCUGGCCUUCCGUCUACAGUGGGGGACGCUCAGAUACGCUCAAAACAUGGCCAUGAUCGCGUUAAUGGCAGCAGACUAUGGCAUCAACCCAGUAUCUUACAGGAAGUGGGCCAUGGGCCAGGUCCAUUAUGCUCUGGGGGAUACUGGCAGGAGUUACGUCAUUGGGUUUGGGGUGAAUCCCCCCACAAAACCUCACCACAGAUCGGCAUCGUGCCCAAUGCUGCCAGCACACUGCGACUGGGAGCAACAGAAGACCAAGGACCCGGAUCCGAACGUCCUGUAUGGAGCUCUGGUCGGAGGACCAGGCAAGGGAGACGACUAUGUAGAUAAUCGGGAAGAUUACGUCAAGAACGAGGUGGCAUGUGACUACAACUCGGGAUUUCAAUCAGCUGUAGCAGGUUUGCGACACUUGUCUCUGGUGAGACAGAUCCCUUCUGCCAGUUAGGAGGAAGAAACUGGACAGUCAACCACCCGAUAUUAACGUCCAACUGUAUUGCCUUGUCUAGUGUUGGAAAAGGUAGACACAUAGCAAGGCUCGAAAUUAGUCCUU